GAAGAAUUAAUCCGGAAAGAAAGAAGGUUGGCAAACAUGGCGUCAACCGCUGCGACCCGAACGGCCAGUGCUGCAGGGAGAGUUGUGAAGCCACUUUUCAGUCGGGACAUCGAUGAAGCAAAGCGGAGGGUUCGGGAACUCUAUCGGGCAUGGUAUCGUGAGGCACCAAGUACAGUUACCAUGUUCCAACUGGACAUCACGGUCCAGCAGACAAGAGACAAAAUAAGACAGGAAUUCAACAAGCACAAACAUGUUACAGAUCCUCGUGUUAUUGAUAUGCUUGUAAUCAAGGGUAAAAUGGAGCUUCAGGAGACCAUCAACGUAUGGAAGCAGAAGACCCAUAUAAUGCGCUAUUUCCAUGAGACAGAGACACCUCGCCCCAAAGAUUUCCUGUCUAAAUUUUACCAGGGACAGGACCCUUAAACUGCCCUAUUCCACCGAACCUCGCCUCUCCCCUCGAAGUCCACAGCCAAUGAGUUGUCUGUUCAAUUGUCUGAACUGUAAAUAUACUCCUAAUGAUAAAUUACUUGUUGUGCACUCUGUUUCUGUUGGACAUCAGCUUCCUCCCAUCUGUUUAUUUACACUGUCCAUACUGAGGCUUUGAAUGGAAUGCUAAAUGAUCUUUUGGUUAGUGACCAGAAUAAACAUGUUAAUGCA